CUGAACACUCCUGAAUUUGAUUGUUUUUCUUCACACACACACACAAAACGCAUGCAUUAGACUUUGGACGGAGCAGGCUGACUGGCUAAGGGGAGGGCAGGAAGAGAUUGAGAGAGAGAGAGAGAGAGAGAGAGAGAGAGAGAGAGAGAGAGAGAGAGAGAGAGAGAGAGAGAGGAGGGGAGUGAAAAAGGGUGAAAGUAGAGGGAGUCCUGCACCGAGAAAGAGAGAGAGAGUGAAAGAGAGGAGGGGAGUGAGAAAAGGGUGAAAGGAGAGGUAGUCCUGCACCAAAGGAGAGUGAGUGAGAGAGUGUGAGAGAGAGAGAGAGAGAGAGAGAGAGAGAGAGAGAGAGAGAGAGAAUGUGUGUGUGUAAGAGUGGCAGGCUGUUUCUCUCCUCAUACACUCCUCUCUCUUUUUCCCCCUUCUCCUUCUUUUGUUCUCUCUCAUGGCUGAUUCUGUGAGGAAGUGGCUGAAAUGACUGAGUCCAGAAACCGGAUUAGGCUGACAAACUCAACUUAGAAAGUAAUAAUAAUCAUAAUAAUCAUCAUAAUAACAAUAAAAGCAGGAGCUGAAGAGACAAUGAGAAGGUGUGAAGCUAAAGAUAUGUGUAUGUGGGUGUGCCCAAAAAGUGCAGAGGAAAAAAGGGAACAUGAAGAGGCAACUUUGUUGGGAGAAAACGAGAAGGAAGAUCAUGGAAGAUAGGGGAAGCGUCUACCAGAACAGUGUGAAACCGUAAUUUCUAAGAGCACAAGUAACGUCACUGUGAUAGCUGUGGCUGCGUCGGUUUUCUCCAGCUAGUGUGUCAUUUCCCACUUACAGUUUUUUCUGACGAGUCGGGGUGCCAAAAGAUCUGCUGCCGUGGAUAUCAGCGCAUGGAUUCAUAAUGCACGGACCACAGACAUCUUUAUGAUCAGUUGGUUUAAGCCUAACGAGGCAGCUAUAAAUCUUCAGUAAGUGCGCACACUGCAGUGAUGCUGUCUGCUUUCGGCUUUCCACACUCCAGGUGUUGUCAGGUCUUGUGCAUGCUCUCCUGAAUCCAAUAUGACUCAGUUCACUGGCUGGGAGAGAUGACUGAUGGAGUGUGCUUCUCUGGAGGAGCUUUGAAUGUUUGGAACACAACUGCUGCUUUUCUGCUUUCCAUUUUUUUAUGCAGCCGCCUCCUUUUUUUCCUGACCUCCAUCUGAUCUGUCAUGGUGAAGACCCCCUCAAGAGUACAGUCAUAUACACUCUCCUUCAUUCUCUCUCUCUCUCUCUCGCUCUCUCUCUCUCUCUCUCUCUCACACACACAUACUCACAUUUCCCUUCUCUUCACUCUUAAAGGAGUCAUCACAAGGAGACAGCCCCAUCUCAUUUGCUCCCUCUCAACACACACACACACACACACACACACACACACACACACACUUACUUAAAAGAGUCAUCAUAAGGAGACAGCAGCAUCUCUCUCUCUCUCUCUCUCUCCCCCUCCCUCUCUCUCUCUCCCUCUCGCAACACACACAUCCUAACAGCAGGGUAGAGUCAUCCUGGUGAUGUCUGUGAAAAAUAUGGUAAUGAAGAUGUCUGGAAAGACAGGAGCAUGACUGCAUGGUAUUUAUGUCUACUAAGCAUCAUCAAAACUUUAUUUACAAUAGCUACUACAACGCUUUUGAGCCUAAUCCCAGUCAGAUGCAUCUGUGGCACAUGUCCUCCAUGUACAAUAUUUUAGACACGUUUCCUCUUUACUGAGAAAAGAACAGAAACCAUGUUCACUCCAUACUUACUACUCACUAUGGCUAACCUUUAACAUGUCAGCUGUUACACUCCAACAAUAAAGAUCUUACACAUAGUUUCCAUGAAUUCUUACCAUAGCUGUUUUAGUCAUAUUUAACUUUCCAUCCCUGUGCAACACUGUGAAAAAGUAAUAUUGGGUCAUUAAAGUUUGUGGUACCCGUCACGUCUAGAGACGUAACGCAGAUAGGAACGGAUACAAGCGCAGUUCAACAAUUUUAUUAAAGAGAGAGACAAGCAGGUAAAUCCAAAUCGUAAUCCAUGAACGUAAUCCAAAACAUGCAACAGGUCAGGCGAUCGGCAAACAGGCAUAAACGGGGCAAAGCAGGAAUCAAGGUCACGGUCACGGAAAACAGGGUCGAGAAACAAAACAAGAAACAUAAACAAUGACUAAGAACUGGGAGCGGAAAAACCAGCAAUGAACUAAACUAACAUGGUACACAACAUGGAUCUUGACUAUGACUAUGACUGUGGUUAACUAUGGUAAGGAAUCUAAACUAAGUAUUUUAACUAUUCUAAUCUAAUCUACUGCUGGGAGGCACGCAGUAUACAUGCAAACAUAAUCAGAGCCAAUUACUGACGGCUGACCCCAAUCUAGACACAGGUUAAACAACAGCCAAUGACAGAACAGGGAGGAGACAUAACAGAAACAUAACAAACACACGUGUCCAAAUGUCACGGUUGUCAACAAAGGAAAAGCAGGUGCUUGCGUACCUGCUCGUGCAUGUACACUCACAUGCUUUCCCGCACGCUGCUUAAAGGGGAAACCGUGACAUAACCCCCCCCCCAAAAAAGCGCCAUGAAACAUCCAUCUCUAAUGGCGGUCCCGGCCCCCUGGGCAAAAUGUCCCAAGCUGAAUCAGGAGGCCACACGGCAUUCUCAGAGCAACAAAAACGCAGAGCGCCGUUCACGGCGGAGCAGGAAAGCAGAGUGAUGUCCUUGGUGGAACAGGAAAGCGGAGCGAAGUUCUCAGCAGAACAGGAAAGCGGAGUGACGUCCUCGGCCGAACAGGAAAGCAGACCGACGUUCUCAGCAGAGCAGGAAAGCGGAGUGACAUCCCCGGCGGAGCAGGAAAGCAGAGCGACCUCAGCAGAACAGGAAAGCAGAGCGACGUCCUCAGCAGAACAGGAAAGCAGAGCGACGUCCUCGGAGGAACAGGAAAUCGAAGCGACGUCCUCGUCGGAGUGGGGAAACAGAGCGACGUACUCAGCAGUGCAGGAAAGCAGAGGAACGUCCUCGGCGGAGCAGGAAGGCAGAGCGACGUCCUCGGCGGAGCAGGACAGUAGGAUACCUUCCUCAGCGGGACAGUGCAGCGGGACAUCUUCCUCAAUGGGACUGGAGAGGGGAGCGACGUUCUCCGUGAGGCCCGAGGGAAGAUCAAAGAUUUCCGCGAGGCCACAGAGGGGAGCAAGAUUCUAUGCGAGGCAAGGGAGAGGAGUGAGGUUCUCCGUGAGGCCAAAGGGAGGAAUGAUGCUCUCCGUGGAGAAUGAGGGGGGAACGAUGUCCUCCAUGGAGCAGGAAGGGGGAGUGACAAAUGGCGCACAGCAAAGAAGAGGAACAAUGCCUUCAGCGGAACAUGGAGGCAGAGUGACGUCCUCAGUGAAACAGGAUGGCAGAGAAACGACCUCAGACGAGCAGGACAGCAGAGCGAUGACCUCAGCCGAGCAGGAAGGCAGAGUGACAUCCACAGCCGAGCAGGAAAGUGGAGCGAGGUCCUUAGCCUAGCAGGUAGGCAGAGUGACGUCCUCAGCCAAGCAGGAAGGCAGAGCGACGUCCUCAGCAGAACAGGAAGGCUGAGCGACGUCCUUGGUGGAAUAGGAGUGCCAUGCGGCGUCCUCAGCAGAGCAGGCAGGCUGAACAAGAUCCAUUACAGGGG